AUGUUCAAGAGUGCAAGUCGUGUUCUAUUGUCCCUCAAGACAAUUUCCAUCAAUCCGCAGAAACCUUUUAAGCUGCACACUGCUGGCCGUGAUGAUAUUCCUCCUAUUCCGACCACUGCCACGUACGACACAGAGGUAAUGAAGAAGAACCUUGAAAUGAUGUUUCGUGUUCGUCGUGUGGAAUCACUUUGUGAUCAGUCGUACAAGCUCAAGAAGAUUCGUGGCUUUUGUCAUCUGUACAUUGGCCAGGAAGCCAUUCCCGUUGGCAUGGAGAAUGUUCUAACACAUGAGGAUCCUAUUGUCACGGCCUACCGUGAUCAUGCAUGGUAUCUUGUUCGGGGUGGGACACCGGAGAAAAUGUUUGCCGAGGUGUUUGGCAAAGAAGGUGGGUGCUCUAAGGGAAAGGGCGGCAGCAUGCACAUGUAUUCUGUAAAGUACAACUUCUUUGGAGGGAACGGAAUUGUGGGGGCACAGGUGCCAAUUGGUGCCGGACUUGCAUGGCGUUUUGCCCUUGAGAACCGUGAUAAGCCGAGCAAUGUGGCGGUUGUCUUCUACGGUGACGGCGCGGCGAAUCAGGGGCAGGUGUUCGAAGCCAUGAAUAUUGCAGCACUGCAACGCAUUCCUGUCAUCUUCUGUUGCGAAAAUAAUCAAUUUGGUAUGGGUACGAGCAAAGACCGUGCAGCAUACCAGCCGGAGAUGUACCGUCGCGGUGACUACAUUCCUGGUCUAAGGGUUGAUGGCAUGGAUGUGCUUGCGGUGCAGGAGAGCACUCGGUGGGCGAAGGAAUGGUGUCUGUCUGGGAAGGGGCCCAUUGUACUUGAGUUUGACUGUUAUCGUUAUGUUGGCCACUCCAUGAGUGACCCAGACAGCCAGUAUCGCACAAAGAGUGACAUCCAGAAGGUGCGUAAAACGCGUGACUGUAUUCACAAGAUGAAAGAUUUUAUGCGUGAAGAGGGAAUCAUGACGGAGGAAGAGAUGGUGAAGCUCGAGAAGGAAAUCAAGAAGGAGGUUGACCAGCAGCUGCUUCCGGCGGAGAAGCAGAAACCGACACCGCUUAGCGAGCUCUUUACAGAUAUUUACGUUGGAGAACAGUACGAGCACCGCACGACGCAGGGCACAGUCUAUGCCAACCCGUGA